AUUCUAAACAUUUCGAUUUUUGAUUCAUUCCAUUAUCUCAUUUCUGCUGCGAGCUGCAAAUUUUUUAUUAAAACGCUGAUUUGAAGCUUAUUUUUAGAUAAUUAAUGUCAAGUUUUCGGUUAAAAAUUAUCGACGUUGGCUAAGGACGCAAUUAAUGUGACAUAAAGUUUGACAGUGUCACUAUUAUAAUUUGUUGUGUGUCAAUAUGGUAUUAACUCCAGCAGACGUGGGUAGAAUUGUUGCGUUAAUAGAGGAUGGCCGUAGCAAAAGAUAUGUCGGCCGUACUCUGGAGAUUUCCGCGGUCUACAGUUCGAGAUGCCUGGAAUAGGUAUUUACAGACGGGAAUUUUUACUAGACGACAAGGCUCUGGCAGAAGGAGAAUGACCACUGCAGCUGAUGAUCACUUUGUCACCAUUAAUUCUUUAAGAGGUCGAAGAUCUACUGCUGUGUGUCUAAAAAAUGACUUGCGAAUACUUCAUGGAGUAAGUGUAAGUGAAAGAACGAUACGUAGAAGAUUAGCAGAAGCUGGACUUUAUUCACGAACGCCAGCAAGAUGUUCACAAUUACUUCCUCGGCAUCGACAACACCGACAGAGGUUUGCAAGAUCGCAUUUUGAGUGGACUCUAGAACAGUGGGCAAACGUACUAUUCACAUAUGAAUCCAGGGUUUGUUUAAGGACGCCGGAUGGUCGUGAGCGGGUAUACAGACGUAGAAAUGAAAGAUAUGCUGACUGCACUAUUUCAGAACAAAUUUCAUAUCGUGGCGGUUCAGUCAUGAUUUGGGCGGGUAUUUCUACCGAAGCACGCACCAAUCUUGUAUUUAUUAAAAAUGGAGCUCUAACCGCCUGAUCGGGGGAGAUUUGCUCCGUGGCGUCUUCCCCAAACACAAGGGGGACACAAUUGUAUAAUUGUGUCUACGAAGAAGCGGUGCACUGUAUAAUUUUUCCCUUGAAGAACCAAUUGCAAUCUAAUAAAUGAAUCACAUUUAUUUUCUAAAUAUGUACAUCUAUUAGUAGUCACAGGAACUUGGAUAAUUACAAAUCCACUUCCUGAAAAGUGAACAAAUAUCACAUAUGACUUAAUGGAUGUAUAAUGAUCCCCUGAUUCUUUUAAUGUGCUUUCACCUUGAUUAAAUGCACCCUCAAAUUGCUUAAUCAAUCAAUUAUUCAGGUCCAUUACGAUAAUUUCCCCCAUUAUCGAAUUAAGACCAAUAAAGGUGAGUUUUGUGAGGAAACUCUUUGCAACAUGACUCAAGCAUUUUCGGUACCACCCACUAAAUCUAAGAUCAAGCAACUUUUGGCCACAGGGGCCAUUGGACCGACCUUUUACGCGUUAUUCUCUAAAAAAUGGUUCAGGGUCGCCUACAUGUUCCUCCUCACUGUGUUCUUUACGAUAGGAUUUUUGUACUCGGUGUACGGAAGGUUUAACCUAAAAUUCAACUUUCCUGGUGCUUCUGUUUUAACGUUCAUGGAUUCCGUCACUUAUCUGUUUUUAACGCUAGCCAACCUAUCGACCGUCCAGGCCUUAUGGAAAUAUGAGAAAAGCAAGGAGUCCAUCAGGGUACUUGUAGAAUACCUUGCAUCCAAGAAGAAGAAAAGCGCCAUUAGCUUAACAUCGUACAUCCCAAUCGCUAUCGGUUUCCUCGGCCUCACAGGAAACUUCUACGCAUUUAAUCCUCGCACGUUCGUGCAGAUGUACCAGUAUUACGUGUUGCAAGAUCUACAGUUUGUCUAUCUACAUUUCACCUUGCUGGUCCAAAUCGAGCUCGUGAACGGUUUAAGGGACAUGUUUGCCGACUUAAAUGAGGAAUUCGAUCGGUCCUUUGCUGGUUUACGUAAAGUCAAUUCUGUUAUCGACGGUGUAGAUCUGUUUACGGUGGCCAAUUUGAAUGCCCAGAAGCCACAGUGGCCAAAAAUCAGGACAAUUUACUUAUUCAAGCCUGCAAACUAUGAGUGCCUAAAAAAGCUCUCGAAAAAACACAACGACUUGUGUCAUAUCACUGAAGAAUUUAAUGAAUGUGUUGCGUCAAUAGCGUUCGUUUCAUUAAUCGGAGUGAUCGCGAAUAUAAUACGAGCGGUGAUUUUAUUCAUUAAUGCUGACAUAAUGCAAAUAUCCUCCUCCAAAUUUGAUAUUUCACCGCAAUUGCCAUUUGAAGCCUGGAUUUGUAAUAUCUUUUAUAACAUUUGUUGGAUUAUUUCUAUGUUCGGUCAAGUGCUGUUAUACUUAACCGCAGGCCAUCGACUGGAAUCCGAAGGAAACAAGAUUACCAGUGCAUGUACUAAACUAUUAUCCCAAUUAUCUUUCAAUGAUGAAAAUCAGCAAGACACGUUUUGUAAACAGCAAUUAAUAUUAUUAAGCACCCAAGCGGAGGCUCGCUGCCCAGUGAUCAAAGGCGGAAAUGGAGUAAUAAUUAAUUUAUCUGUCCUGGGUUCAAUUGUCAUGAAUGUUUUUGCUUUUACUGUCGUUUGUACGCAGUUUAUCUUGAACGACCGGAAGAGAGGGUAGUCGGCACUUGGGUUUAUUGUAUUAAUGCCACAGCACUUGAAGAAAUUAUAACCUAAAAAUUCAACUUGUUGCAGUUUAACACAUGAAUGAUUAUUGAAUUGCACUAUUAUAGCAUAGUCAAAUAUAUGAAUCAAUAAUAUAAAUAUAGAAUAGAGACGG